AUGAAGCCCAAUCACCAUGAACUAUGGAUGGUCACCGUGUAUGUAGGUCCUCACACGUGUAUACCGAUUAGGGUGCAAAAUGAUGGUAGAAUGAUGAUUUGUAAUUUUAUUUCAUCAGACAUCCUUAAGAAGUUAUGUGAGGAUCACACUACCCUAAUUAAGCAUCUCAGAUCUGUGAUAGAGUCCAAAUAUCAGGGCCAUAAGCCUUCUUACUACAAGGUAUGGGAUGCCAAACAAAAGACGAUUGGGAAGAUGUUUGGGAAUUGGGAAGAGUCUUACCAAAGGUUGCAAAAGUUGCUAAUGGCAUAUAUUGAUCAGGAUUCGACUACCCAAGUGUUCUAUCGUACCACACCCACUGGUGAAGAUGACAUCGUAUUUUUGAAAUAUGUGUUUUGGUCUUUCGGUCCAUGCAUUGAUGGAUUCAAAUAUUGCAAGCCGGUUAUCAGUAUUGAUGAGACCCUUCUGUAUGGUAAAUAUCAGGGAAAGUUGUUGGUCGCAAUGGCAACCGACGCUAACAACAAGGUAUUCCCUCUCGCCUUUGCUGUUGUGGAUUGUGAGUCAAGGUCCAGUUGGAGGUGGUUUUUGCAAUGCCUCAGAGAUACAAUUGGCCAUGUGAUACCUGACGAAGGCAUUUGCAUAAUUUCUGACCGACAUCUCGGUAUCAAAAAAGCCAUUGCAAAUUGGCCUAGAGUGGAUGAUGGAAGAACACGGGUAUUUCAUAGAUAUUGCCUUCGACAUGUUACUAGCAAUUUCAACACACAUUUUCAGAACUCGACUCUAAAGUCAGCUGCAUUGAAGGCGGGAUAUGCUACUUAG